AUGGAAAAGAACACUGGAUUAGGCGAUGAUGAGACCAUCCUUAAAAAAUCUACGAAGGGUGUGACUUUCCUGAUGUUCGGUCAGCUUUUCGGUAAAGUCCUUACUUUUCUCCUCAAUAAUAUGCUUGUGAGGUUUCUGUCGCCAAGGGUAUUCGGUAUCAACGCAUUCUUGGAGUUUCUAGUAUCGACAACGUUAUUCUUUAGCCGGGAGGCUGUACGAUUGUCCACAUUAAGAAUAAAGACACCCCGAGCAACAGAAAAUGAAAAUGAUACACAAGACACACAUGGCCCUGUCCUUCAAAUGGCUUUAAAUUUCGCCUACAUUCCUCUGUGCAUAGGAAUUCCUUUGUCCUUGUUUUUGAUAGGUUGGCAGUACUCGAACUUGAAUGAUUAUUUCAUAUCAUUGCCUUAUUUCAGACUGUCGAUCUUAAUGAUAUGGUUAAGCAUCAUCUUUGAGCUCUUAAGCGAGCCUUUUUUCAUUGUUAAUCAGUUCCUCCUUAACUAUAAAGUAAGAAGCCAGAUUGAAAGCUUGUCAAUGAUAUCAGCAUGUGCAGUCAAUUUUGCAAUGGUAUAUCUAUAUGAAAGUAAGAUUAAUGGUUCUGGAGCGACGUUACACAAUGUAUCAAAACAAGAGGGAAUUGCCAUUCUGGCGUUUUCAGUGGGAAAAUUGGCUCAUUCUGUGACACUCCUAGGGUGUUAUUACUAUGAUUAUUUAACUAAAUUUGCUCCUACUAAGCAGUUUACUGUAAUCCCAUCAAAAAUUCACAUUUCCUCUGGCACUACACCAUUUUACCUCCAAAGCGACAUUUUGCAGCACUUCAAAAAAGUAUACUUCCAGCUCUGUUUCAAGCAUCUCCUUACAGAAGGGGACAAAUUAAUCAUCAACUCAAUGUGCACCGUCGAAGAACAAGGAAUAUAUUCUUUACUAUCAAACUAUGGAUCACUGGUUACCAGAUUACUCUUCGCACCUAUUGAAGAGUCAUUGCGCCUUUUCUUGACAAGACUACUUUGUGUGACUUCGACAAAAAACUUGAGGCUCUCUAUGGAGGUUUUGAUCAAUUUGACAAAAUUCUAUUUGUAUUUGUCGCUCAUAAUAGUUAUUUUCGGACCUACCAACUCACCUUUUCUGCUACAGUUCUUAAUCGGCUCUAAGUGGUCAAGCACAAGUGUUUUGGAAACUAUUCGUAUCUAUUGCUUCUAUCUUCCCUUCUUGUCCAUGAAUGGUAUUUUUGAGGCAUUCUUCCAGAGUGUUGCCACAGGAGAACAGAUUCUUAGACAUUCAUAUUUAAUGAUGGUAUUUUCCAUUGUGUUCCUCGCAAAUUGCUGGAUUUUUAUUUCAUAUUAUAAAAUGUCACUAGAAGGUUUGAUUUUGAGUAAUAUUUUGAAUAUGGGACUAAGAAUUGCCUACUGCGGCUGGUUCAUUAAUGGAUUUUACAAGAACCUAUUUGCAGGUUCUCAUAAUGCAUCCUUUCUCGUUAACUUUAAAAAUUUUAGAUUGAUUUCGGUUAUCUCCUGUGUUUUAAUCUUUUUCAAUUGGUACUUGUUCGGCACAGUGAAGAAUUUUAGACAGUUUACUUUCAAUUUAAUACUGGCAACGGUCUUGGUGAUUUUCAUUCUUUACAAGGAAAGAAAACUAAUAAGAAGCUACAUCAAAAGAGAGGAUACACUUGAUGUCAAAGGCGUUUGA